UCCCCCUCCCCCACACUCCUUUGUUCCCUAAUCCCCUUUCAUCCACUGGACACUGGUCCCUCCUCCAACCCUUCCUGAUUGCCUGACCCAUGCAUUUUUUUUGUCACUGUGUCAUUUGCCUCUGAAGAAGUCUUUGCUAAAGACUUCUUAUAUCAGGCCUCUCAAAUAUUUGAUGAAGCCAUCAAAGAAGUGGCAGACGCGUGAAUUGGGUUAGAAUAAAUUUGGCGGGAAUUUCAAUGAACAAAGACGAGGGAAGUGGUUAAAAGGGGAAGGGUUGGCCCUCUCGGCCCAUCUUGCACUUACACCGCUGAAAGCCAUCAUCGUCAUAAUCAUCUAGCGUACACCAUGUCGCGAUAUUUUUUCAACGAGAACUUCAAUGCCGAGGAGGAGUGGGUGAGACUGUUUGCCCUUGUGGGGAACGACCCGAUGUGGGGACAAGCCGUCCCGCACGCACCUCUUGCCGCAACUGCGCAUCGUCCGAGUUGGGAAAUGGAUCCUGCCCAAGAUGCUCAACAUCGAGAGGCUGAACUCAUUGACCUCACCUUAUCCGAUGACGAUGACGACGAGGUGUUUGAACCAUUAGGCCCAUCACCGAUUCCACCGCCCAGCCCGGCUCUCGCUCUGCCUCAGACUCCACCGCCCAUCCCAGCUCCCGCUCCCGCACAAGUUGCCUCGGCGCAGAAUCCACCCUUCCUACCGCCCAAUGACGACCUCUUCACGGAGGUUUCAAUUUUAUUAUAUAUUUUUAUUUCUAAAUAUUUAAAAUUAAUGCUCCCCAUAUAUAUUGACCGUAGAUGUGAGGGGUGUAUCUUAGAUUACCCCUCACAAAAAAAACAUAGUUGCAUGUCAGAAACGAAAGAAAACCUUUUAAAUCGGUAUUUAGAGGAUAUGCUAGAGGACCUCUGUGACAACAGACAUGAAGAAUGCAUCGAUACAUGGUUGUUAGAAGUCGAACGCAAUGAAGAAUUACAGAUGAAUUAUAGACAUCCCGAUAUGGCCGUCCUCCUGCCUAAUGACGACCUCUUCACGGAGGCUACAAUUUUACUGUAUAUUUUUGUUUCUCAAUUUUUAAAAUUAAUGCUUCCUAUUUAUAUUGAUCGUAGAUGUGAGGGGUGUAUUAAAGAUCAUCCCUCACAAACAAAACAUAGUUGUAUGAUAGAAACAAGAGAGAACCUUUUAAAUCGGUAUGUAGAAGAUAUGUUAGAGGGCCUCUGUGACAACAGACAUGAAGAAUGCAUCGAUACAUGGUGGUUAGAAGUCGAACGCAAUGAAGAAUUACAGAUGUAUUAUAUCCCGAUAUGGCCAUUCUCGAUUUGUACCAUUUCUUGUGUAGCGAAUUGCAGCAAGAGGAAAAAUUAGACAUUUUCAAACAGUUCAUUUUACAUUAUUAGGAUUUUUUUCUUCAAGGCUGUUUCCACAAAGAUCCUUGUUUUGCUUCUUUUUUUUUUGGAAUGUGCUAACCCUUGUUUUGUAGUUUUUCACAGUAGUAAUAUUUUCAUGAGGAGAUUUACUUUUAUUAAAUUGCGUAUUUGUUCUGUUUUUUUAUAACUGUUUUAUAAAAGUUUGAUUCCUUUAAAUGUUUGUAAUUUUUAUUCCUUUUUAAUGUGUGUGAUUUUUUAUUCCUUUAAAUAUAUAUUUUUUUAAUUCAAAUAGAAAAAAAAACCUUGUAGAACAAUUAUUUAAAAAAUCUUGCGUUUGAAAUAAAAUGGUUGUGAAUGUA